GGGAGGCGGGCCCUUCGCCACGAGCGACCAAUAGGCGUCCGGGAGGGCGGCGGAGCCAGCCAGAGCGGCGCCAUGGCGGAGAGCGACUGGGACACGGUGACGGUGCUGCGCAAGAAGGGGCCCAGCGCGGCCCAGGCCAAGUCCAAGCAGGUGAGCGGAGGCCUCUCCCCGCACGACCGCCGCCGGCCCUCUCACGGGGCGCUCUGAAGGGGCCCGGCCGCGUCGCGCCCCUCCAAAGCCCCUCGCCCCGCAGGCCACGCCCCCCGGCGGCUCCCAUUGGCCGAGCCCCUCGCCCGCCAAGAUGGCGGCGCGCCAGGCCACGCCCUCUCAAAAUGGCGGCCGGAAUUCUCCUCAGAAAAGACUUUUGAUAAGACUGAAAGACUUCAGUUGAUAUUUCAGUUGAAAUUCCCAUUUAAAUUCAACAGAACUCUUGAAAGGGGAUGAAAAAGGAAUAGGUUCUAUUCGAUUUAAAUUUUAAGUUCCCUUCAAAUUAAGUUAAAAAUGAACAAGCUCUUUAAAUUCAAUUAAAAUGAAUGAAUUCCAUUGGAUUUAAAUAGGAUUAAAAAGGAAUAGGUUCCGUUCCAUUUGAAUUUUAAGUUCUAUUCAAAUGAAAAAGGAGCAAGCUCCAUUCAAUUGAAUGAGAAAUAAGGGAAUUGCAUUCAAAUUGGGUUAAAAAUAAGUCAGUUCCAUUAAAUGGAAUUAAAAAUAAAUUGCAAAUAAGUGAAUUGCAUUCAAUUUAAAUUGGGUUAAAAAGAAGUGAGUUUCAUUGAGUUGAAUGAAAAGUAAAUUAACUGCAUUCAGUUUAAAUUGGAUUAGAAAUAAGUGAGUUCCAUUCAAUGGGAUUAAAAAUAAAUUAAUUGCAAAUAAGUGAAUUGCAUUCAAUUUAAAUUGGAUUAAAAAUAAGGGAGUUCCAUUAAAUGGGAUUAAAAAUAAAUUAAUUGCAUUCAGUUUAAAUUGGAUUAAAAAUAAGUCAGUUCCAUUAAAUGGGAUUAAAAAUAAAUUAAUUGCAAAUAAGUGAAUUGCAUUCAAUUUAAAUUGGGUUAAAAAUAAGUGAGUUCCAUUAAAUGGAAUUAAAAAUAAAUUGCAAAUAAGUGAAUUGCAUUCAAUUUAAAUUGGGUUAAAAAGAAGUGAAUUCCAGUCAGUUGAAUGAAAAGUAAAUUAAUUGCAUUCAGUUUAAAUUGGAUUAAAAAUAAGUCAGUUCCAUUAAAUGGGAUUAAAAGUAAAUUAAUUGCAAAUAAGUGAAUUGCAUUCAAUUUAAAUUGGGUUAAAAAGAAGUGAAUUCCAUUCAGUUGAAUGAAAAGUAAAUUAAUUGCAUUCAGUUUAAAUUGGAUUAGAAAUAAGUCAGUUCCAUUCAAUGGGAUUAAAAAUAAAUUAAUUGCAAAUAAGUGAAUUGCAUUCCAUUUAAAUUGGAUUAAAAAGAAGUGAGUUCCAUUAAAUGGGAUUAAAAAUAAAUUGCAAAUAAGUGAAUUGCAUUCAAUUUAAAUUGGGUUAAAAAUAAGUGAGUUCCAUUCAAUGGGAUUAAAAAUAAAUUGCAAAUAAGUGAAUUGCAUUCAGUUUAAAUUGGAUUAAAAAUAAGUCAGUUCCAUUCAAUGGGAUUAAAAAUAAAUUAAUUGCAAAUAAGUGAAUUGCAUUCCAUUUAAAUUGGGUUAAAAAUAAGUGAGUUCCAUUAAAUGGGAUUAAAAAUAGAUUAAUUGCAAAUAAGUGAAUUGCAUUCAAUUUAAAUUGGGUUAAAAAGAAGUGAGUUCCAUUCAGUUGAAUGAAAAGUAAAUUAAUUGCAUUCAGUUUAAAUUGGAUUAAAAAUAAGUCAGUUCCAUUCAAUGGGAUUAAAAAUAAAUUAAUUGCAAAUAAGUGAAUUGCAUUCAGUUUAAAUUGGGUUAAAAAGAAGUGAGUUCCAUUCAGUUGAAUGAAAAGUAAAUUAAUUGCAUUCAGUUUAAAUUGGAUUAAAAAUAAGUGAGUUCCAUUCAAUGGGAUUAAAAAUUUAUUAAUUGCAAAUAAGUGAAUUGCAUUCAAUUUAAAUUGGGUUAAAAAGAAGUGAGUUCCAUUCAGUUGAAUGAAAAGUAAAUUAACUGCAUUCGGUUUAAAUUGGAUUAGAAAUAAGUCAGUUCCAUUCAAUGGGAUUAAAAAUAAAUUAAUUGCAAAUAAGUGAAUUGCAUUCCAUUUAAAUGGGAUUAAAAAUAAGUCAGUUCCAUUCAAUGGGAUUAAAAAUAAAUUAAUUGCAAAUAAGUGAAUUGCAUUCAAUUUAUAUUGGAUUAAAAAGAAGUGAGUUCCGUUAAAUGGGAUUAAAAAUAAAUUAAUUGCAAAGAAGUGAAUUGCAUUCCAUUUAAAUUGGAUUAAAAAUAAGUGAGUUCCAUUCAGUUGAAUGAAAAGUAAAUUAAUUGCAUUCAGUUUAAAUUGGAUUAAAAAUAAGUAAGUUCCAUUCAAUGGUUGGACUGUGAUUAUGGUGAUUAUAUUAACACCCUGAUUUGAUUCUGAUUAUAUUAGACAAGACCCUGGUUUAAUUCUGAUUAAAUUAAACAGGACCCUGGUUUGAUUUUGAUUAUAUUAGACAGGACCCUGGUUUGAUUCUGAUUAUAUUAGACAGGGCCUAAUAACCAAUCGGAAUAAAUGAAAAUCUGUAAAUUAAUUCUACUUUGCCCUAGUCUCAUAACAAAGAAGGGAAGACUUUACAACGCGGGCAGAAGGAGAGACAGUGCAUGCACUUUUGCAAACUAAGAAAAUCCUAAUUAAAAAGAAGAAAAAUUUAAUCCUAAUUAAAAAGAAGAAAAAUUCAUCCUUGUUCUUUUCGGGCUCCUCCUGUCCCUCUUUUCUGCCCCAGGCUGUCCUUGCGGCUCAGAGGCGAGGCGACGAUGUCGAGACCUCCAAGAAAUGUAAGUUUCCCGCUCCUGCCUGCAAUUUUUCACGGUAUUUUGCUCGAGCUUCUUGUCUUGAGUCGCUUGGAGGUUUCCUCCAGCGAAAUUUCUUCAUUAUUAUUAUUUGUGGAAUUUAUUUACUGCCAUAGACGCGCAGCUCUCAGGGUGGGAGAAAGACACAGCGGGUUUUUUGACCGGGGAAGAGGGAAAAAGAGAUUUUCCUGUGCCUGGAAAAUCCCUUCUUUUGGCUGCUGGUCCCUUAUUUUCAAAUCUGCAAGUUGCAUCCUUCCUCCUCCUUGGGUACCACUCCUCCUCCUUGAAGCAUCCUUCCUGUCUCCUCCUGCAUCCUUCCUCCUCCUCCUCCUUGGGUACCACUCUUCCUCCUUGAAGCAUCCUUCUUCUUCCUGUCUCCUCCUGCAUCCUUCCUCCUCCUCCUCCUUGGGUACCACUCCUCCUCCUUGAAGCAUCCUUCCUGUCUCCUCCUGCAUCCUUCCUCCUCCUCUUCCUUGGGUACCACUCCUCCUCCUUGAAGCAUCCUUCUUCUUCCUGUCUCCUCCUGUAUCCUUCCUCCUCCUCCUCCUCCUCCUUGGGUACCACUCUUCCUCCUUGAAGCAUCCUUCUUCUUCCUGUCUCCUCCUGCAUCCUUCAUCCUCCUCCUCCUCCUCCUUGGGUACCACUCCUCCUCCUUGAAGCAUCCUUCUUCUUCCUGUCUCCUCCUGCAUCCUUCAUCCUCCUCCUCCUCCUUGGGUACCACUCCUCCUCCUUGAAGCAUCCUUCUACUUCUUGUCUCCUCCUGCAUCCUUCCUCCUCCUCUUCCUUGGGUACCACUCCUCCUCCUUGAAGCAUCCUUCUUCUUCCUGUCUCCUCCUGUAUCCUUCCUCCUCCUCCUCCUUGGGUACCACUCCUCCUCCUUGAAGCAUCCUUCUUCUUCCUGUCUCCUCCUGCAUCCUUCAUCCUCCUCCUCCUCCUCCUUGGGUACCACUCCUCCUCCUUGAAGCAUCCUUCUUCUUCCUGUCUCCUCCUGCAUCCUUCCUCCUCCUCCUCCUUGGGUACCACUCUUCCUCCUUGAAGCAUCCUUCUUCUUCCUGUCUCCUCCUGCAUCCUUCCUCCUCCUCCUCCUUGGGUACCACUCCUCCUCCUUGAAGCAUCCUUCUUCUUCCUGUCUCCUCCUGCAUCCUUCCUCCUCCUCCUCCUUGGGUACCACUCCUCCUCCUUGAAGCAUCCUUCCUGUCUCCUCCUGCAUCCUUCCUCCUCCUCCUCCUUGGGUACCACUCCUCCUCCUUGAAGCAUCCUUCCUGUCUCCUCCUGUAUCCUUCCUCCUCCUCCUCCUUGGGUACCACUCCUCCUCCUUGAAGCAUCCUUCUUCUUCCUGUCUCCUCCUGCAUCCUUCCUCCUCCUCCUCCUUGGGUACCACUCCUCCUCGUUGAAGCAUCCUUCCUGUCUCCUCCUGCAUCCUUCCUCCUCCUCCUCCUUGGGUACCACUCCUCCUCGUUGAAGCAUCCUUCCUGUCUCCUCCUGCAUCCUUCCUCCUCCUCUUCCUUGGGUACCACUCCUCCUCCUUGAAGCAUCCUUCCUGUCUCCUCCUGCAUCUUUCCUCCUCCUCCUCCUUGGGUACCACUCCUCCUCCUUGAAGCAUCCUUCCUGUCUCCUCCUGCAUCCUUCCUCCUCCUCUUCCUUGGGUACCACUCCUCCUCCUUGAAGCAUCCUUCCUGUCUCCUCCUGCAUCUUUCCUCCUCCUCCUCCUUGGGUACCACUCCUCCUCCUUGAAGCAUCCUUCUUCUUCCUGUCUCCUCCUGCAUCCUUCCUCCUCCUCCUCCUUGGGUACCACUCCUCCUCCUUGAAGCAUCCUUCUUCUUCCUGUCUCCUCCUGCAUCCUUCCUCCUCCUCCUUGGGUACCACUCCUCCUCCUUGAAGCAUCCUUCCUGUCUCCUCCUGCAUCCUUCCUCCUCCUCCUCCUCCUUGGGUACCACUCUUCCUCCUUGAAGCAUCCUUCUUCUUCCUGUCUCCUCCUGCAUCCUUCCUCCUCCUCCUCCUUGGGUACCACUCCUCCUCGUUGAAGCAUCCUUCCUGUCUCCUCCUGCAUCCUUCCUCCUCCUCCUCCUUGGGUACCACUCCUCCUCGUUGAAGCAUCCUUCCUGUCUCCUCCUGCAUCCUUCCUCCUCCUCUUCCUUGGGUACCACUCCUCCUCCUUGAAGCAUCCUUCCUGUCUCCUCCUGCAUCUUUCCUCCUCCUCCUCCUUGGGUACCACUCCUCCUCCUUGAAGCAUCCUUCUUCUUCCUGUCUCCUCCUGCAUCCUUCCUCCUCCUCCUCCUUGGGUACCACUCCUCCUCCUUGAAGCAUCCUUCUUCUUCCUGUCUCCUCCUGCAUCCUUCCUCCUCCUCUUUGGGUACCACUCCUCCUCCUUGAAGCAUCCUUCUACUUCCUGUCUCCUCCUGCAUCCUUCCUCCUCCUCUUUGGGUACCACUCCUCCUCCUUGAAGCAUCCUUCUACUUCCUGUCCCCUCCUGCAUCCUUCCUCAAAUGCAGAGAUGGGACCCUAGAGGCAUCUAGUCUGACCCCUGAAAUGCAGAGAUGAGACCCCAGAGGCAUCUAGUCUGACCCCUGAAAUGCAGAGAUGGGACCCCCAGAGGCAUCUAGUCUGACCCCUGAAAUGCAGAGAUGGGACCCCCAGAGGCAUCUAGUCUGACCCCUGAAAUGCAGAGAUGGGACCCCCAGAGGCAUCUAGUCUGACCCCUGAAAUGCAGAGAUGGGACCCCCAGAGGCAUCUAGACUGACCCCUGAAAUGCAGAGAUGGGACCCCAAGAGGUAGCACGUGUGGUUUUUUAACCGGGGGAGAGAGACGUAGCUCGCGUGUUGUGACUUCCUGUCCAGACAGGAAGUGAUGUCGCCGCGCAGGGUGGGAUCAACUAAAUAAAUAAUCAUUAUUUUUUAACCGGGGAAGAGAGACAUGGGUAGCAUGUGUUGUUUUUUUAACCGGGGGAGAGAGACGUAGCUCGCGUGUUGUGACUUCCUGUCCGGACAGGAAGUGAUGUCACUUGCUUUGUCCCUCCUCGCAGGGGCGGCGGGCCAGAACAAGCAGCACUCCAUCACGAAGAACACGGCCAAGCUGGACCGGGAGACGGAGGAGCUGCACCACGACCGGGUGCCCCUGGAGGUGGGCAAAGUCAUCCAGCAGGGGCGCCAGGGCAAGGGGUUGACCCAGAAGGACCUGGCGACGGUAAGGAUGAAAAAUUAUUAACUGUUGUGGACGCUCAAAAAAGUCAAAUGAAAAAUAUAAAUCUAUUUGAGGAUAAUUACCCCAAAAAACGGACUAUAAAAAUAAUAAAAUCAUUUCGUUAUAAAAUUAAUUUAUGGUAAAAAAUUCGGAUUUGAAGCGAAGAAAUCGAAAUUCCAAAUUGACAGAAUAGAAAGCAAGACCAAACUACUCUCGAAAAUGUAUCAUUUCUUGUUAGAAUGGAAUACAAAAGAUGAAUCGAUAAAAGAGGCUAUGGGCAAUAGACUUUGGGCAUAAUAUAGAAUAUAACGCACGGGUCCAACUGUGGAAUGAGAAUUUAAAAUUUCAAUUUACGGCGUGCUCUACUUUCAAAGAGAACGUCCUGAACAUGGUUCAUCACUGGUAUCUUAUCUUAUAAUUUGAUAAUGAAAUGAUUUUAGAAUGUGUAUCGUUUUAUUGUUGUUAGCCCGGCUUUGGCUGGGGAGGGCAGGAUAUAAAUAAAUUAUUAUUAUUAUUAUUAUUAUUAUUAUUUGCACCAAUCUAGCAAAAAUGUAUAGGAUGAUUAGCAAAAUCUGUUGGAAAUGUAAAGAAAAGUACCCCAAAGAAUGGAUUAAAUGGAUGGUCUUAUAUACGUGAGAACUGUCGAAAUUGGAAGACAUUCGCAGGACGGAAAGAAAUGGUGCUUUUCGUCUUUUACUAAUGAAACGGUGAAUUAAAGAUAAUUUCCUGCGGAAUUAAAGAUAAUAAUUUAAUUUCCUGCGGAAUUAAAGAUAAUAAUUUAAUUUCCUGCGGAAUUAAAGAUAAUAAUUUCCUGCGGAAUUAAAGAUAAUUAAUGCGGAAGGGAAGGAGGGAAGUCAGCGGCUGUAUGGAGCAUAAAGUGAGAUAGAUGUAAAUACACUGGAUAUUUUGGUUUGUUGGCUUAUCUAAAAACUUAAUUUUUUAAAUUAAAACUGAAUAAAAAACUGAAUCAAAAGUAGAUUCCAAAAAAGAAAAGAAAACGAGAAGCUGCUGCUGCUCGUUUUAAAAAAGGAAGGUGCUUUUGGCCCCGGGACUCGCACUCGGAACCCGGAACCAAGACACCCCCCCCUCUCUCUUUCAGAAAAUCAACGAGAAGCCGCAGGUGAUCGCCGACUACGAGUCGGGCAAGGCCAUCCCUAACAACCAGGUGCUGGGCAAGAUCGAGAGAGCCAUCGGUAAGCGGGGUUGCGGGUUCGAGGAGGGGACCCGGGUUCGAGGGUGCGCGGCUGACCCUCCUCCUCUCUCCCCAGGCCUCAAACUCCGCGGGAGGGACAUCGGGAAACCCCUCGAAAAGGGCCCCAAGGCGCAGUGAGGACAAAGCCUCGAAAGCCGGGGGGCGCCGGGCGCCACGGGGCGCCCGGGGUCUCCCCGCCCUCCCGCCCCGACUCCGGACGGGCGGGAGAAGCCGCCUGCCAGCCGGCGGCCCGUCUCCUCUUUCCGCAGAUUGAAUAAAGCGAAUUGAAAUGGUGGGCGCGUCUC